AUGAAAACAUACCGAGCCAAGCGAAAAUACCUGUCGGAAUCGGAAGACGACGUGUUUUCUUCAUCACCAACACAGUCACCCGAAACCUCGCCUCUACAGCCCCCCAAUGAGUCACGACUCAACAUAAAAGCAGCUCAAGCCGUCUCGCCAUGUCAGAAACGAGCCAAGGUCGUCAAGAAACCAGCAAAAACAAAAGCACCGGUCCAGAUGACCCUGUCGCUGGGACAGACGACUUCUACCACCUGCAAGACGUGUGGAAUGACCUACCAGGUGGCUUAUGGUCCUGAUAUCUCUGCUCACAAGAGCUUUCACAGCACGGCCCUCAACGGACCCAAAUGGAAGCCCUCAGUGUCGGCAGUCGUGGUGGACAAAUCUAAGACGUACACAGUGUACAAGUCGCGGCUGUUGAGUCAUCCCUGUGUCAGCCAGUUUCUGAAACUCGUCAACUCGGAACUCAAUGCGCCAGAGCCCAUUCUGUCCUCUCAGGCAGCUGUCUACGUCUACGUGGUGGAUCAGCGGGCAGUAGGAUGCGUGCUAGUGGAUAGAAUCACAAAAUGCCGUCACGUGGACAUUCAGACUGGUACUUUGGGCCUCAAAGAGUACCCUGCAGUCAUGGGAGUGUCUCGAAUGUACGUGUCGCAGCUGUUUCGACGAACGGGCAUCGUGACCAAGUUGCUGGACCUGGCGAAAAGUGACUUCAUCUACGGAAUGGAGCUUGAAAAGAACCAAGUGGCAUUCACUCAGCCAAGCGAGGGAGGUCUAAAGGUGGCCGAAAACUGGGCGGGGACCGUUCGUGUCUACAGAGAGGGAGAGUAG